AGUUGGAGAGAGGAUGGUGAUUUCGCUGAGUUGCAGUUCCAGUGACGCUUCUAGGGAACAGCGCUAAGGAAAUAUACACACAUUAACACGGAAGGUAUAGACUACUGUACUUCUCUCCAUUGAUUUUAAAUAUACACAACACGUUAUAACAAACGGAGCUCUGCUGGCUUUCAAGGAACUGGUUUCACGUUGUUGUAGGGGGUUCAGUGUUCGAGAUGCUGGGAUUAGGGGUCUGUUUGAAACCUAGCAACAUGGUCUCCUCACUUGCAGAUGUGUUGAAGUAAGUCGGUGACUCCCAACACUAGAAAAGCUUCCUCGGACCCUUCGCCUGACACUUCAUCGCGGGGAACCGGCAUGGCAGGAUUCAAACGGGGGUACGAUGGGAAGAUCGCCGGACUGUAUGACCUGGAUAAAACCUUGGGCCGGGGCCACUUUGCAGUUGUCAAGCUGGCCCGGCAUGUGUUCACAGGGGAGAAGGUGGCAGUGAAGGUCAUCGAUAAGACCAAACUGGACUCUGUGGCGACCGGUCACCUGUUCCAGGAGGUGCGCUGCAUGAAGCUGGUACAGCAUCCCAACAUCGUGAGGCUGUACGAGGUCAUUGACACUCAGACCAAGCUCUAUCUAAUCCUGGAGCUGGGUGAUGGUGGAGACAUGUUCGACUACAUCAUGAAGCAUGAGGAGGGACUCAGCGAGCAACUGGCCAAGAAAUACUUUGCGCAGAUUGUCCACGCCAUCUCCUACUGUCACCGGCUCCAUGUGGUACACAGAGAUCUCAAGCCUGAGAACGUGGUCUUCUUUGAGAAACAGGGGCUGGUCAAGCUCACAGACUUUGGCUUCAGUAACAAGUUCCAGCCUGGCAAGAAGCUGACCACAAGCUGCGGCUCACUGGCUUAUUCAGCACCUGAAAUCCUGCUGGGGGACGAGUAUGAUGCUCCUGCAGUUGAUAUUUGGAGCUUGGGAGUAAUUCUUUUCAUGUUGGUUUGCGGACAGCCACCUUUUCAGGAAGCCAACGACAGCGAGACUCUCACCAUGAUUAUGGACUGCAAAUACACCGUGCCAACGCACGUCUCACAAGACUGCAAAGAUUUAAUUAACCGGAUGUUGCAGAGAGACCCAAAAAGGAGAGCCUCCUUAGAAGAAAUAGAGAACCAUGCUUGGCUCCAGGGAGUGGACCCCUCUCCAGCAACCAAAUACAACAUCCCCCUUGUCUCCUACAAGAACCUCUCUGAGGAGGAGCACAAUGGGAUUAUCCAGCGCAUGGUGCUGGGAGACAUCGCUGAUCGUGACACCAUUGUUGAGGCUUUGGAAACUAACAAGUACAAUCACAUCACCGCCACUUACUUUCUACUUGCCGAGAGGAUUCUGAGAGAGAAGCAAGAGAAAGAAAUCCAAACCCGCUCUGCCAGCCCCAGUAGUAUCAAAGCGCAGUUCAGGCAAUCCUGGCCAACAAAGAUCGAUAUCCACCAAGAUCUUGAGGACAGCCUGGCAGCUUCUUCCAUCUCUCACUCAAGUAUCCCACAGUCGCCAGCCCGUAGUGCUGAGAAUCUGCUCAACGGACACCGUAGCAAAACACUGCUGGAACUGGGGAGACGGGAAGAGGUGGCACAGUCCUCGCUGUUGUCCUUGGUCUCCGCAGGCACCUCCUCCGUGCUGUCCUCCCUAACCACCACCACCUCCUUGAAACCCGCUGCGGCCGCUGCAGCCACCAACAAGGGUCGCACAUGUCUUUUCCGGGUGGAGGAGGAUGAGGAAGAGGAGGAGGAAGAGCAGCAACUGGCCCAGCUCCCCACCCAGGUGGUCCUACGGCGCAAGCCCUCCAUCACCAACCGGCUGACAUCCCGCAAGAGCGCUCCAGUCCUCAACCAGAUCUUCGAGGAGGAGGGCGAGUCUGAUGACGACUUCGAAAUGGACGAAAGCCUGCCGCCCAAGUUGAGCCGCCUCAAGAUGAACGUUGCCUCACCUGGCACCGUCCACAAGCGCUACCAUCGCCGGAAAAGCCAGGGCCGCGGUUCGAGCUGCAGCAGCUCCGAGACCAGUGAUGAUGACUCGGAGAACCACCGCCGCCGACUGGACAAAGAAACCGGCUUUGCUUAUUCUUGGAACCGGCGGGAUAGCAGCGAGGGACCGCCUGGCAACCCGGGAGGGAACGGUGGUGGGGGAGGAGGAGGAAGUGGACAGAGCAAACCCCCUGGGGAGGGCAACCCAGGGCCAGAUAGGGGCAGCCCACCUGGAGGAGGUGGUGGAGGUGGGGGCAGCAAAGGUGGGGAUGGCAGCCCUUCUAGCAGCCCCAGUGGCGGCAGUACAAACAACACUUCAGGUUCCACCCGCAGCUGCUCACAUUCCUCCCCUUCGCACAAGACUGCUGGUGAGCUAGUGGAGAGCCUGAAGCUCAUGAGUCUCUGUCUGAGCUCCCAGUUUCAUGUUGGUGGUAAUAGUGGCCUUGCGGGCAGCAAGUACAUCAUAGACCCUCAGAACAACCUGACCUUCCCCAGCGUAAAGGUGCAGGAGAAGUCCACCUGGAAGAUGUGCAUCGGCUCCAACGGCAGCCUGGACAAGACCUUGUCACCUACUAGCACAGCCAUACGUGUCGGCCUGGGUGGCCCUAAGUCUUAUCCCGGCCAAACGACUGCCAUCAUCAAUGAACUGGAACUGGCUAAGAAGAACAACAUGAACUUGAAGAACAAUGUCCUGCAGCUACCUCUCUGUGAAAAGACCAUCUCUGUGAACAUUCAGCGGAACCCUAAGGACGGCCUGCUUUGUACCUCAAGUCAAACCAGCUGCUGUCAAGUGAUAUGAUGAUGGAUGUCUUACCACCUACAACCAUCUCUGUAGCAUACUCUUACUUGACAGUACCACUCUUUCAGUUCAGAACUGUGAAUAACCUCUCUGUAAACAUCCCUUUUUAUUUUUGUCUUAAGCUUUUAUACAGGCUUCAAGAGUUAUUUAUUGUGUAUCGAGUAGAUCGACAAUGCAUGAAGAGGUGCAUGCUGCUAGUGUUUUUUUUUUUGUUUUGUUUUCUCACCUCUAAGGACCUCCCCGCCCCUCCCCAUUUUUUUUUUAAGCUUAUAGUUUAGUUGUAGGGUUCCCCAAACAAAGGGAUAGAAUUAAAACAUUUUAUUAAAAAUUAAAGUUUUGUAGUUGAAAUAAAAAGGAAAAAAAAAAAAAUUGGCACUUGACAGCUUUAUGAACAAGCUUAGCACGUGUUAAUUGGGAACUGAUCAGCCCCUGCUUUGUGGAAUGUAUGUGAUAAGCGCUAUUAGGAUGGAGAACCAAAGCAAUAAAGUGAGACCUUGACAAGCCUUUGAGAGGGCUUCUGAUAUUCCAAGGCUUUCGCAAGUCAGAGAUGCAAUGAAAGUUAAUAUAGUAAUCUUAAUAUUGAUUUGAUCUCCACACAGUCUUAAAUUUGCCAUUUGUGCAAUUCACCAAUAGAAUUAAAGGAAAAAAAAUAAUGCCUAUGUGGUAAGAGCUGAAAUAUUGCAUUUUACCAUGACAGACGAGACUAAUCGUGCUGUUACUUGAAAUUGCACACAGACAAUCUUUGUAAAAAACAUGAUCUAAAUUAGUUAGAUUUUUAGUUGCUGAUGAAAUAAGGAUAUAUUAAUUACAUUUUCUUACUAGUAGUCCUUGUUCUUGUACCGAAUUCCUCUAUAACCCAAUUCGCACAUACUUGACAGUUUCAGUAAGCGCAUUUUUCGUCCAUAUCAGUGGUUAAAAUUAUUUUUUUUUUUAUCUGCAGUGGAUCUUUGCUACAUAACUAGAGCUCUAUGUGUGGUGAAAUAAUAAUAUAUUAUAACAACAUUUAAACAAACUGGCUAGGCUAUAGCUUGACCUGUAAUGUAAAUCAUUACACAAUAAGAUAUUGCAUACAGUGAUCAAUCUGUACACCAAAAAAUGAGAAAAUAAAAAGCAUAGCUCAGUACUGUAAUUGUUUUUAAUGGUGAUGCAAUAUUGUAGAAGCACUUCUACUGUGGUUGUGCAGACAUGCUAAGCAAUCCCCUUAUAUAUUAAUCAUGUCUAUUUUUAUUUAUUUUUUCAAUUCUAUUUUAAUUUAAUUUUAAUUCUGUGGGAAACCAGUUGCAGUAUUAGAGAAUUGUCUCAGAUGCACUGUUUUGAAUGAGAGGGCAGUAGCAGGAGUCAGUGUUACAGAUUUAAAGUGAAGUAAAGGUGAGAAAGACAGCAGAGGUUACCAACAGCCACUGCCAAUCACUGACUACUCCUGUUUGGAUAUCUAAAGUUUUAGUUUCCUUGAUAUCAGCCCAAGCCAGUGCUGUAAAAAUAUAUAGGCUCAGUACACUGUCACAGUCCUCUUUGUCAAAUGAGUAUUGAGUCGAUAAGCUGCAAUGAACAGACUUGGUAGAAAGACACUGAUGACAGAACCAUCCUUCCGAUAAAAUGUUUGCAUUUCAGUGCCUACAUCGGAAACCUACACUACAGGAAGGGUUGAUAAGCUAUGAGUAGGAGGGUGUUCCCACUUGUUCUGUUUUUCCAUUUUCACACUCUCCAGCUGUAAAACUCCAUCUUCUGUCAGUCGAGGCCUGCAUACGUUUAUUUUAACUGGAUCUGUAUAAUCUGUAUAAUGUAUCUUGCAGCACUUUGUGUAGGAAAAAGAUUCAAAUGUGGAUUUGUGAGGUAUAGUUUCAGCAACAGCUGAAUAUUGCCUUCUGCAACUGUCUACUAGUGUGUACUGUGCCAGAAUGUUACUUUGAAAGUGUGCCAAUGGGACAUGGACAUGGUUUCAGGGAGCCUUCAGCUACUGUAAACCUACUUCACCCAGCUGGAGUGCUUCCAAUGUGAGAAAUGGUUUGGUUUCAACAAAUCCAAGACAAUUUGGGAAGGACACAGCAAAAAUAUUUUUAAAUGUUAUUCUCAGUAUGCAGUUCUUGAGACUUGGUAUAAUCAAUGAUAACUCAAGAUCCCAUUUAGUACGAAAUGCUGUGAUUUAAACCCAUUACCUGGGGUUUUCAUUUUUCAAAAUUAAUUUUUGUCUCUUUCCAGUAUUGGUUUCUAAAGUAAAUUGCACCUCAGUUAUUUUUUUAACACACUAUUUCUUAGACUCGUUUUAAAAUAAGAGUUUUAAUAUGUAGAUUAUAGUCUUUUUAUUUUAAUAACAAAGUUAAUUAAUUUGUUUUCAGAGGUCUGCUGAAAUAAUGGUUUUAUCGUGGAUUGGAGGGAGUGAGUUUGUUUGUUUGUUUAAGAGCCAAAAAGUAGCAUGUUUCUCAAGGCAACAAUAUGGCUAUAGUGGUGCUAUCAUUUUGAUUUAAUCCAGAGCUCAGUUCAGUGCACAAGUUCAAGCUUCGAGUUAACUUGAAUAGCGUGCUGUGGACGGUGCAGACCAUUCUGUGAUGGCUAGUGUUUGGCAGUGUUCAAUAGCCGUAUAAAAGAUAAUUAAAAUAAUGGGCUGCUCGCAAUUCUUGACCGUUACUUAAUAUUAAUACUUAAGAAAAAUAAGGAUAUUGUUAUAUUAAAAGGGCAUUGGCAAUAAUCUAUAUGUUGCAGCUAUCUGUAAAUAUAUAUUUUUGUUGGUUUAUAUUUUUAAAAUGUACAGCCUUGGAAUGGCACCUUUUUGGGGAGGG